GAGUGCGUGAGCCUCCCUAGCUUGCUGGGGUCUGGAUUGCCCCGGCGAGGUGGCUAUGUGCUUACUCAACCGUCAAUGAACUAGUAAUUGGAUUGUUGUUGUGAUUGCUUGCAAUCAAAUCAGCCAUAAGAUUCUUGAUCUCGGUCGUGGAUCUGUGAGUGUCAGUGUGUGACCCUCCCUAGCUUGGUGAGAUCUGCGGAUUCCACCGGUGAGGGGAGUUAUGACGAAAUUUCCGCAUCUCGCUUCUACUGCAGGAACAAAGAGGCGCAGACCUAAGCUUCAUAAGACGGAAGAUGAGACCGAGGAUGACAACAAUAUUAAUAAAGAGAACAACGGUACCACUAACAAUGGUCAUGACACCAUUGUCUCCAAGAGACCAAAGAGAACAGCUGCCUGUUCUAAUUUCAAACAGAAGGCAGUUGACUUGUCUGAAGAAGAUAUGCUUGUCACAAUCAAGGAAAUUCGGAUUGAAGAGGAAACAGAGGCUGUUAGGUUGACAAAAACAGGGCCUGAAGAUAAGAAACCUCGCAGAAAACUCUGUGAUUUCAUCCUGCAUGAUGGAGAUGGUAAUCCGCAACCUUUUGAAAUGUCUCGAAGUGAUGGUAUCUCCAUAACAGCUGUUGUCAUGCCCUUUGACGCUGAUAUGAAAAAGCCCAGGGAAAAGGGAAUACGCUGUGAGAGAUUUGGGCCAAUCAAGGACUGGGCAAUUUCUGGCUAUAAAGAAAACACUGUGAUAAUUUGGCUCUCAACAGAACUAGCUGAUUAUGAAUGUGUGAAGCCAGCAAGUAGUUACCGGUCUUUUUUUGAUCUUUUCAGUCAGAAGGCCCAUAUCUGCGUUGAAGUUUACAGAAAGCUAGUCAGGUCAGUUGGCGGAAAUCCUUUGCUGGGUCUGGAAGAGUUGCUUGCUAGUGUUGUACGUUCCAUUAAUUCAGAGAGAAGUUUCAAUGGAACAGUGAGAAAGGACUUUGUAAUCUCAAUUGGUGAGUUUAUCCAUAACCAGCUUACUGCAUUGGACCAUACAGCAAACAACGAUGAUGAGAUACUGUCCACACUGCCUGCUCUUGUUGCCCUAAGAAAUGGAUGUAAAUCUAGGGUGGAAUUCAGCAGGUUGGCAGCUAUGACCUCAGAUGGAACUCUGACGAUCAAGGAUGGGCAGUGUAAGGAGGCGACUGAAAACGAGGAUGAAGAUGAGAAAUUAGCAAGACUGUUGCAGGAUGAGGAAGAGUGGAAGAUGAACAAGAAGCAGAGAGGCAAGCAUGAGAAUUCACAGAAAAAUGUCUAUAUCAAGAUUAGUGAAACAGAGAUCGCGAAUGACUACCCAAUGCCAGCAUACUAUAAACCAUCUAGCGUAGAAAUGGAUGAGUACAUGCUUGACAGCGAAGAUGCCAUGCUUGUGGAGGAACUGCCAACAAGAAUACUCAACAAUUGGGCUCUGUAUAAUUCAGAUGCCAGACUUAUCCCUUUGGAGCUCAUUCCUAUGAAGGCAGGUGCUGAAAAUGACAUAGUGAUCUUUGGGUCUGGUUUUAUGAGAGAAGAUGAUCAUAACUUCUGUUCAACAGCCGAGUCAACACAGUCAUCUUCUUCCUCAAGUAAAUCUGACCAGGAAGAUAAAGGGAUUGCAGUUUAUCUAAGUCCAAUCAAGGAAUGGGUUGUAGAAUUUGGUGGUGAAAUGAUCUGCAUAUUAAUUCGAACUGACAUAGCUUGGUACAAAUUACGCCAGCCAACAAAGCAGUAUGCGCCAUGGUGUGACACUGUCCUUAAAACAGCAAGGCUGGCUGUCAGUGUCAUCGCCCUUCUAAAAGAACAAACUCGCGCUUCCAAACUUGCUUUCGCUGAUGUUGUUAAGAGAGUAGCCGAAUUUGAGAAAGGGCACUGUGCAUUUAUUUCAACAAAUGCAGCGCUUGUUGAAAGAUAUGUUGUGGUGCAUGGACAGAUAAUUCUUCAGCAGUUUGCAAGUUAUCCAGAAAGGACUAUUCAACAAAGUGCCUUCAUCACUGGACUUCUUGCAAAGAUGGAAGAACGAAGGCACAUAAAACUAGCGAUGAAGAAAAAAAAUCAGGCAACAAGGGGAGAGAAUCUGAACCCAAGUGCAAAUAUGGGCCCAAUACUUAAAAGAAAACUUAUGCGUGCGACAACUACAGGGUUGAUCAGCAAGAUAUGGAGUGAUUACUAUGCAACUCAUUUCCCAGAGGAUUCCAAGGAGGGAGAUGAGAAUGAUGACCAGAAGGAAAUUGAGGAGGAACAGGAAGAGAAUGAAGAUGAUGAUGCUGAGGUGGAGGUUAAAGUUGACGAGGAAGCUGUUUUUAGGACCCCACCAUCAACGAGGUCUAAAAAGUCAUCAACAAAUGCUUGUAAAGAAAUUGAAUGGGAGGGCCAAACAGUUGGGAAAACACUCUCUGGAGAAGUUCUGUACAAAUGUGCUAGAGUUCGAGAUCUCAGUAUUGCUGUUGGUGGGGCAGUCACACUAGAAGAUGAUUCAGGAGAAACCAUCAUGUGUUUUGUUGAGUAUAUGCAUGAGAAACAUGAUGGUACACAAAUGAUCCAUGGAAGAAUUCUGCAAAAGGGUUCACACACUGUCCUUGGCAAUGCUGCAAAUGAACGAGAGGUUUUCUUUACUAAUGGUUGUUUGGAAUUCGAAACAAGUGACAUCAAGGAAUCAGUGUCCGUCAAUUUUCAGCAGGUUCCUUGGGGCCACAAGUGCAGAAAGGAGCAUUUAGAAGCUAUUAAGAUGGAGAGGGCCAAGGCAGAGGACAGGAAGAGGAAAGGUUUGCCUGUGGAGUAUAUCUGCAAAAGCUUAUACUGUCCUGAGAAAGGUGCCUUUUUCUCCCUCCCUUCUGAUAAACUGGGCACUGGAACUGGCCGCUGUAGUUCUUGUGAGGAGCGAGAAGCAGUUGGUGAUGAAUUCAAGAUAUUAUCAGAGACCAGCUUUGUCCUCAAGAAUGUUACAUACAGUGUUCAUGACUUUCUGUACAUCAGGCCUGAGUUUUUCUCUGAAGUCGAGGGUCAGGGGACCUACAAGGCUGGAAGAAAUGUAGGCCUGAAGCCUUAUGUGGUGUGUCACCUGCAGAGUAUCAAAGCUUCUGCUGGAUCGAAGAAAGCUAAUCCAGAAUCAACCAAAGUCAGUGUAAGAAGGUUAUACAGGCCAGAUGAUAUUUCAUCAGCUAAAGCUUACUCUUCAGACAUCAGAGAGGUUUACUACAGUGAAGAUGUAGUGAGUGUGCCAGUUGUGAUGAUAGAGGGGAAAUGUGAGGUUACAGCAAAGAACGACCUUCCAAACCCAAAUCUUCCAGUAGUGGUUGAUCAUGCCUUUUACUGUGAAUAUCUUUAUGACCCUAAGACUGGAGCUCUCAAGCAGCUACCGACCAAUGUUAAGCUCACGAUCCUGACAAGGAAGGCACAGGCUGUAAAAAAGAAUAAAGGAAAGCAGAUUUGUGACGUUUUGCAAGCUGAUUCUGACAAACAGAAGAAUGUGACACCAGAAAACUGUCUUGCAACCCUUGAUAUUUUUGCUGGCUGUGGAGGUUUGUCUGAAGGGUUGCAGCUAUCUGGCGCAUCACGUACAAAAUGGGCAAUUGAAUAUGAAGAACCUCCUGGGGAUGCAUUUGGUGAAAAUCAUCCAGAGGCAGUGGUAUUUGUGGAGAACUGCAAUGUGAUUCUGAAGUAUGCAGCCACCUUUCCCCCCUUUGGACGCACUAAACCUAUUAUUCCUGUAUCUCCCAACUCACAUGUGACCAUUUGCCUUUGCAGGGCAAUAAUGGACAAGUGUGGUGAUGUUGAUGAUUGCAUCUCAACUACCGAGGCUUCUGAACGGGCAGCUAAACUUUCAGAUGAAAAGAUUAAAAAUCUCCCUGUGCCAGGUGAAGUAGAGUUCAUCAAUGGUGGCCCUCCAUGCCAGGGGUUCUCUGGAAUGAACAGAUUCAACCAAAGUCCAUGGAGCAAAGUUCAGUGUGAGAUGAUUUUGGCAUUCCUGUCCUUUGCGGAGUAUUUCCGGCCUAGGUUAUUCCUUUUGGAAAAUGUUAGGAACUUUGUUUCAUUCAACAAAGGCCAGACCUUCAGACUGACACUAGCAUCACUGCUGGAGAUGGGAUACCAGGUUCGGUUUGGGAUUUUAGAGGCAGGUGCUUAUGGUGUUGCACAGUCCAGGAAAAGGGCAUUCAUCUGGGCUGCUGCACCUGGGGAGACCCUUCCUGAUUGGCCUGAACCGAUGCACGUCUUCUCCAGCCCUGAGCUGAAAAUCAAUCUACCAGAAGGGAAAUACUAUGCCGCUGCUAAGAGCACUGCUGGAGGGGCUCCUUUCCGCUCUAUAACAGUCAGGGAUACAAUUGGUGAUCUGCCGCCGGUGGAGAAUGGUGCCAGCAAACCAACAAUACCGUAUGCAAGUGAGCCUGUCUCCUGGUUCCAGAAGAAGAUUCGAGGUGAUGCAUCUUCGCUGAGUGAUCACAUAGCUAAAGAAAUGAAUGAGCUCAAUCUCAUAAGGUGCAAGCACAUCCCGAAGCGCCCUGGCUGUGACUGGCAUGACCUCCCAGAUGAGAAGGUGAAGCUAUCGACAGGGCAAACGGUGGAGUUGAUCCCUUGGUGCUUGCCGAACACGGCCAAGAGGCACAACCAGUGGAAAGGCUUGUACGGGAGGUUGGAUUGGGAGGGCAACUUCCCCACAUCUGUGACAGAUCCCCAGCCAAUGGGCAAGGUCGGCAUGUGCUUCCACCCUGAUCAGGACAGGAUCAUCACUGUUCGUGAGUGCGCCCGAUCCCAGGGCUUCCCUGAUGGAUACCAUUUCGCUGGCAACAUCCAGAGCAAGCACCGGCAGAUCGGGAACGCUGUGCCGCCUCCCCUCUCCUACAUGCUAGGGAGGAAGCUCAAGCAAGCCAUCGACGGCAAGCCUCGACUGGCUUAAGUUCACUGCAUGAUACAAGGCUCGUCAUUUUUUGGUUGGUCCCAGUGGGACUUAAUUUAUCAUUGGCCCCUAUAUGUAUGUUCUGGGAGUAAUUGACUCUGAAGCUAUUACAGGCUGGCCGCCUGAGCUGCCUUUUGUGUAUCUGAUGUGCUCUUCGUAAGAGGAGGAUUAAAAGCAUCAGAUGCUAUUGGAUGGAUGGAUGACGUUUAUAGAGGGAACAGACUCUUAGCACCGGGGGCGUAAUCUUUUUGUAAACAACUGUGAUGCCAAUUUUCCGUUCCUGCAACUUUGCAAGUGUCUUCCAAAGUUGUGAAGGGAAAAUAUAGCAUCAAUCUUACCUUUCGUAUUGGCCACCUGAAUGAAACCAACUCUUGAGCUC